AUGGCACGAUCAAAGUCCGUCUUCGCGAUCUUGCUAGUCUUGAGCUUUUUCUUUAAUGGAGCUCAAGCGUGGUUUUGGCGCAGAAAAAUACUCAUCGGCUAUGGUGUAGUUUCCUCAAAAGAGGCUGCAAGGAUUAAUGAAAAAAACAAGCUACGUGUAGAGCCUUUCGAAUACACUUCUCAAUUGGGACCUGGUUUUUAUAUUGUAAACAAAGCUAGUGGCUAUUCGUAUCUCGAAGGGGAUUGGUUUUGUGCCAUCAAAGCGAGAAAGUGGAAGACGAAGAGAGUCCCGAAAGCCUACAUCCCGCCAUCUUAUGUGAAGAAGCCUUCGACUCGUAAUCGUGCGCAAGUACACCCUUCGGGCGUUGCUAACAAGCAAAUCAAAUUAUGGGGGCAAAAAGAGGAAGUCUUUCAUGAGUAUCUCAGGACAGAGCUGUCGAUAUCAGAGCCCGAAAAAGCGCUGCGCUUCUCGUGGGUCAAAGACAUCGAAUGGAUUCUGCAGAUGAAUAUCCCCAUGGAUGUGGUUAAUAAUGAUGAUUUGGAUCUAUGGGCCAAAUGCUUUCCAACGCCAGAGGAGCUGUGGAAGUAUUCGAAGGAAGUUGUUGAUUGGCCAGCUUGGAAUAUCAAAGGACAUCCUGGAAACGUGAGAGCGCCGGCCAAGGGGCGUCCAGUACCAAAAACUAAACAUAUUGUCGGUACAAGUUAA